AGUAAUUUGUCUAACAGAAGACAACAAGAUUUAGUUUUGUGAAGGAACAUUUAUAACAUUUAUUUUAUUAUUAAUUUCAGAUUGAAAUUUAUAGUGCAUUAUUUAUAUAAACGUUAAAAUGGAUUCUGAAUUGGGCAAUCCAACUGAGAAUGAUAUAUGGGGAGGAUCGAACACUCUUAAUCUCAACAAUGAGCGCUUAGAUUGCGAGCAUUUAGACGAGCUGACGGAUAGGUAUAUUGAUCCAAAUAGACCCUCCUUUGUUACCGUAUUACUGCGCUUCUUUGGCAAUAUAUUCGUGGAUUGCUUUAGAGCUGUGUUCUCAUAGGACGUGAGCGAGAACAUCGAAAAUGUAAAUUGAUUCAAAUUGUUAAUACGUAUUGUGGAAAUAAAUUAUGAAAUUAAAGUUGAAUAGAA